AUGUGGGUGGGGUCUUUUCCCAAGUCGGACGAAUUGUGCGCGAGGGAUGACACACCGCCUGAGCGACUCAUUCCGUUUGUCAACGCGUCAGACUCGGCAUUGACAGUCUGCUCAUCGAUGCGUCGACACUGUCACCAUCAACAAAUUGUUUUCUGUGGUGGUCACUGUUUUCCAGACUGGCCACUGUUCUUCCUAGCUGGUCACCGUUCCAAGUUGGUCACCGUUCCAAGCUGGUCACCGUUCCAAGCUGGUCACCGUUCCAAGCUGGUCACCGUUCCUAGCUGGUCACCGUUCCAAGUUGGUCACCGUUCCAAGCUGGUCACCGUUCCAAGCUGGUCACCGUUCCAAGUUGGUCACCGUUCCAAGUUGGUCACCGUUCCAAGUUGGUCACCGUUCCAAGUUGGUCACCGUUCCAAGCUGGUCACCGUUCCAAGCUGGUCACCGAUUUCCAAGCUGAUCACUGUUUUACGAGCAGACUCAACUGUUUAA